CGCGCACCUCUUGGGCUGCCCCAUCGGCAAGGUGUCAAUUGACCCCUCUUCGGUCUCCGAGAGUCGUUGAUGGAUUGACAAGACUUUCUCUUCCACACCAUGACGAGGUAUGCGCUGCUUUCCCGUCGGCUCUUGGCUCGCCAGCCGUGGGCGCGCAGCAGGCGGACGUUUGCGACGGCAUCCGACCAGCAGCGCGCCUCGUCCGAUUACCGAGUGAAGCUCGUCGAGGUCGGCCCCCGCGAUGGCCUCCAGAAUGAGAAGCGCACCAUCCCGCUGGCCACCAAACUCGAGCUGAUCGAGCGCCUGGCCAAGACGGGCCUGACCACGAUCGAGGCCGGCUCAUUCGUCUCGCCCAAAUGGGUGCCACAAAUGGAAAACUCGUCCGAGAUCCUUCAGCACCUGCUCCAGAAGCCCCUCCUCUCUGCCAACCCGCUCACGUUCUCCUUCCUCGCCCCGAACCUCAAGGGCCUCAACAACGCCUUCACUGUCCUGUCCCAGCACCCGGAUUCCUUCGCGACCGAGAACACGCCGCCGACCAAGGAAAAGCCCGGUCUCGAAAUUGCGGUCUUCGCCGCUGCCACCGAGUCCUUCUCCCGCAAGAACCUCAACUGCGACAUCGCCACCUCUCUCUCCCGCUUCAGGGAGGUGAUCCAGGCGGCCAAGGACACGCACUCGCUCCGCGUGCGCGCCUACAUCUCCGUCGUGCUCGGGUGCCCGUUUGAGGGAUACGACGUGGACCCGCACCGGGUCGCCCAGAUCGCCACCGACCUGCUCGAGAUGGGCGCCGACGAGAUCGCCCUGGGCGACACGACCGGCAUGGGCACCGCCCCGCGCACCAAGGAGCUGCUCAACUGCCUGGCCAAGGCCGGCGUCCGCAACGAGGACGUCGCCAUGCACUUCCACAACACGUACGGCCAGGCCCUCGUCAACACCGCCGUCGCCCUCGAGCACGGCAUCCGCACCUUUGACUGCAGCGUCGGCGGCCUCGGCGGCUGCCCCUACUCCCCCGGCGCCACGGGCAACGUCGCCACCGAGGACAUGGUCUACUUCAUGGAGACGCUGGGAAUGAACACCGGCGUCGACCUGGACGCCGUCGUCGACGUCGGCGACUGGAUCACCAAGGAGAUCGAGAAGGACAACGCCAGUGCCGUGGGCAAGGCGGUGCUCGGGGCAAGAAAGAGGGCCGAGGCUGAAGGAGCCAAGGCGUAACCAUGUAUGUACAGUACAUGUCGGCUGUUCUUU